CGCGAAGCAACACGUGCAUCCUUCUGUUCCUAGCUAAGUUAUGUUGGAGUGUUCUGAUCGAGAAAAAUAAAACUGAGUAUCAAAUCGAGAGAAGAUUCCGAGAAGGAUUCAGUGCCGCAAGUGACGAGACCAUGUGACGGUCCAAAUUGAAACCCCAAAACAGCUGAAAGCCAAAUUAAGUGUUAAGUGCCGAUAUGCCAAAAACUGUUCCAAAGAGUUCGCAGAACGAUGAUCUCGCAGAGUGUCGCCCCGGAAAUCCGGGCGUCCGAUCCAAAGCAAAACGUAGACGUAGUGAGCUGGCACCAAAUGGCGAAGGGGAGGAUGAAUCUUCCCGUGCCACCAUCAAACGACCAAAUCGAGCCGAGUCAACGAACCAAAGAUUGAACCAACAGCACCAGGGAGACGUUACGGGUGAGCUCCCUCAAUCGACAUCUACACCACCUGCUUCCCCGGCGAGGGCGGAUUUUCUUCUGGAGGCGUUGCAGCGGAUUCAGGAGCUGCAGGAUGAGAUCGACUUCCUGGAGAACGAUCCGUACGCCGAGGACGCUGACAGUUCCGAGAACGAUGAGGAAUUCCACGAUCCUGGGGCUGCGGCUGCGGAGAUCAUAGUUGGUCAUCAGGCCGAAGCGUUGGGAUUUGCGGUUUGCGUAAGGGAAACAAUGGCUUUCCUGGAGCGUGAAGGAGUUCCGGCCGACAGUCCGAUGAUGGUUAAUCUGCGGAACCGUCUCGUCGGCAGGUGUGAGCAAAAUUUGUCGUGUUGAGGGAGUUGGUGGGGGUUGAAAGUGAAUCUAGUCACGAUGGAAGUUUAGUUCAGGGUCCUUGUAGUACUUUGAGUGAUUUAAGUGAAUCACUACGGGGAAAUGUCUAGUCAGAUAGAUGUAAGUAGAGUUUUAACGGUUAGCUUUGUAAGGUACCAAAGUUUAUGAAUCCAUUGCCAAAAAUA